AUGGUUGAUUUUAAAAUCCACCUUUCCCAUACGGUGGUUCGUAACGUCGGUUCUGGUGAUACCUUGGUGAACGGACAUGCAGUGAGCGUGGCCGCAUUACAACACGGCGACCUCAUUACUGUGGGCGAGCGCUCGCUGCGCUGGGAAUAUACGCAUCUAAGACCGAAUACGAGACCUACACAAACACAACCAGCAGUGUACAGUCGUGGUCGCAAGCCUCGCGGCCGUCGCAGAGUGAGCGCAGUGGCGGCGGCCACUCCACGCUCGCCCUCCAUACAGCUGGCAUUAGAGCUGCAGCACCGUGCCUCCAUGCCCGGUAUAAUACAUUACGAAGACAUAAAUACUGCAACAUCUCGCAGUGCCGGUGGCAAACAAGUAGCUAUUGUACAACCUCAGCGGCGAGAUACCACAGAGCAGAAUGAAGUCAACACAUCAAGAAACAGUACCCAAUCCAAAAGGCAUCGUAGUGGCAAUCCUGAAGAAUUGGAGCCUCAGGAGAGCCGCAAGUCGACGCCUCGACACAGCCCCAAGACUGCCACACUCCAAACCCCCACUAAAGCAUCCAUGUGGAUUGAGUCCAGGAAGACCACUCCCAGGAAGGUUACAAAGUCGAGUGUUAGUGUGUCAUCGUCAGUGAAGAAACCGACUCCCCUCAGGCUCGCGGUACUGCGUCGUGCCGCCUCACUAACUAAGGUGCAACCACCUGCUACGCUGGAUCAAACAAAACAAGUGGCCAUAAUGUUGAUGACGGGUCACACUCCUAAGUCAAAGAUGUCUAACACCCAAUCACGUAGGACCCCCUCGUUCUUGGUGAAGAAACCCAGCCCUGUGGCCACUCCCCGCCCUAACACAAGGAAAACUGGCUCCAGCAGCACCAAUAAUGCUGAAAAUUCUGUUUCUGUACUAGAGAUAAGCGAUAACACUACGCGUCCGUCCUCUCAAAGCGUCCGUUCUUCGAGAAAUUCCCAAAGGAGCCCAUUAAAAUCGCCUCUCCUGCCGAGUCCUAGGAAGUCCGCUAUGAAAGAUCCGACAGCUAAGAAGUCUACUAGAAAAACGGAAUCUAUCAAGUUCGACUUAAGCAACUUGGAAAAUCAUUCUCAAGAUCUUACGAAUGAAUCUCAAAAUUCUAUCUCAGAUAACGACUUCACAUUACAUUAUGAUACGUCCAGCGUUCAAUCGCCUUCACCAAGAAAAUCGAUCCAUUCGAGAAGCAGUAAAAUUCUAGAAAGAUCUUUAGGAGAAAGCAUUAUUGAAUCCCGUUCCGUUCGAACUACCAGAAGCACGAUGACGCCACAAACGCCUCCGAGACAAUCUUCCCGAGGCAGUGUUAUGCUACAAAAAGCGUUAGAAACCGACAACGAAUCUAGCAGAUACUCUCGAAGAACAACGAAAACUCUGACUGAUCAGAGUUGCGACACUACGAUCGCGUCCGGUUUCCGAACUAAGACUCUGAGCCCGCGAUCGCCGCAGAAUAAUCUAGAGACUUAUUCGAUAGUUGAUUUAGUCUCCAUCGAUUCUAACGAAUCUGGUAGAACAGCAUCAGUCUACAGUUCUGCGGGGUCGUCAAGUAGUAGCACUGCUGCGUACCAAACUCCUAAAAAUAGUUCUAGCAGAAAGACCAGAUCUACUAUCGACCCGGCAUUAGUUGAAUCGAGUACACCUUACGUCGGUAAAGUUGGUAGAAAGUCGUCGGCCAGGUCACGAUCUAGUCCCGAUCAGAGUUCUAUCAGAGGUAACGAAUCGCAUGCUCUUGGAAAUGAUUCAACAUAUACGAAACGAUCGAAGUCUCUGAGUACGCCAGAAAACACAUUGAGACAUAUAUCCAUGAAUAGCACUAGAGUCUCUAGAGCUUCUAGAAAGAGAUCCAGACUCGAGGAUAGUGACUUACUUUUGAUAUCUGACAAUUCUUAUACAGAAGACGUGUCGCCGCGAUCGUCCAAGAAAAGCAAAUCCAAAUCGACUCUGCAAGAAAGUAGCACUUCAAAAUUGUCUUCUCCUAUCGUGCAACGUAAAAGUUCAAGGAAGAGUGGAGAUGUAACUCCAGGCGACGUACAAAACGCAGGAAUGAGUACACCAGAAAAUAGGAACAGCCCUGAGGAAGUCGGGACUCCAGUACUAAGUAUACAAAGCCUUCUAGACUCGAGCCGAACCUCGUUGGCAUCGCAGCAUUCUGUGAAAAAAACCCGCGCGUCAAUUUACGCUAAGAGGAAGACUAUCGGUGCGAUCCCUUCCAACCCUAAACGCCGCCGCAUAGGGUCGAAGUCCAAAUCACUAAAUUUCAGCCUCCGACGAGGUCCACUAAGACUCAGCAAAGAUUCUAACAUAGAAGACGAAACUCUUACGGAUGACAAAAUGGUGACACCUAAGAGUGGUGUAAAACUAGUACAGGAGGCAGUGAAGAACAAACAUUCGACAGCCAAGAAACCACAGUCCAAACGCUCCAUUAUAGACGAUCUAAAUGAAUCUGAUAUUGUCAAACAACUAUUUAACAGCCCUGUUAAGAGAAAAUUAUCUCAGAGCAUGACGGAAUUUUCGCGGAAACAAUUGUUCGAAGACGAAGAUAUCAGUGCUGUGAGGCGUCCUACUAGGAACACGAUCGCGUUGACCGGUAGAACUCCAGAAAAUUCACUUCUGGAACACACUGAUGUUUAUACACCCGAGAGAUUCGUCAGCCCGAUAGGGUCUCCAUCAAACAGUCCCCAGUUGACUGGAAUCAAGCGAUUAUUCCAGAAAAAUAGUCCUAACAACGAUCUGACUAAUGUUAAAGGCGUAAAAUCAUUGCUGAGGUCGCCUCGAACGAGAAAAUCGGUGAAAAAUGAUUUGACUGACGUAUAUGGCGUGAAGAAAGUAUUUGCUAGAUCACCUAGAAACAGGUUGAGUGACGUGAGAGUUAAAGAAGUGUUCGCUGCUGGACCGAAAAACGAUUUACGCCGAGCCUCCGGAGUUAAAACUCUAUUUAGAUCGCAGAAAAGAUUCGUAUCACCUAAAAAUGAUAUAACCGAUGUGAGGGGAGUUAAGAGAUUAUUCCAGAGAAACAGUCCUGCAAAUGAUUUGCGUAAUGUUUCAGGAGUAAAAGGUACGCUGCAGAGAAAUUCACCUAGAAACGACUUGAGAGACGUUAGGGGAGUGAAACGUAUGUACGGAGAAGAAAAGAGAAGGGACGAUUUGAACGACGUUAGCGGUGUAGAGGAAUUAUUCAAUGAGUCUGAUAUAAGUAAAGACCCAGAAAGGCUUUUCGACAGAUUGUUAGGCAAGCCGCCAAUUAAAGCUGUAUACUCCAAAAGUUUCAUAAAGAAAACGCCUCAAAGUCGGAAAAGUCGUAAUGCGAAGUCGUUGCACGUACCCAUAGAUGUGAUAACAAACAACGUGGAAGAGUGGUUGGAGAAAGAGUUUCAAAAAUGUUUGCACAAAGAUGAUGAUAAGAAGAUAAAUCGAGAGUUACAGAAGUUGGCAACUGACACUGUAGAAGGUGUCACGCCGAUACGUAACUCGCGUAUCCGAGGUAGUGUCGUGAAUAGUUUGGAGAGGAAAUCUGCUAGCGAAACAUACAGUACUCACACUUUACCAAUAAAGAAGCGUUCUUUAGUCGACAAGGAAGUGAAUUCUAGCCUUGCUCAAACUUUGGACGUGAACAUUAGAAGUAGUUUGCGUGUUAGUAAUAGUUUACCGUUGAAGAAACGCGUGCUUCAUUCCACUCCGUUGAAGGGCAAGAAACCUUCAGCGCCAGCUCUACAAAGAAUGUCUCCUAUUCCACCACCUUCAGACCACGAUACGUCGAUCAGAUCUGAUAAACAGCUCAAACAAUUGCCUACACCACCAAAAUCUAGAAACACAACCAAAUCCAAAACUGACACUGAAACGAAACUAACUACACUCUCGCCCAAACAGACUCGCGCGGCCAAAACCAAAGAAAAUAUAUUACGUAAAACUAGAGCAACCAAAGACCAACAGAAAGAUACUACGCACGACGCAAAGAAAGCUAGACCAUCAUUUGUUAUUCCUAAAAAAUCACCGAUUUUGAGCCCCAAAAAGACAAGAACGAGACGAGGAAAAUCAGAACAAAUAAAAGAAGCUGUACCAAAUAAAGCUAGAGGAAAUAAACUAGUGAAACCAGAGGAAGUGGAAAGCUUGCCUGUUCUUAGUCCUAAAAAGCUAAGAGGACAAAAAAAAUCAGAAGUACAAGACGAUAAUAAAGUCAACCCUAAAAAAACCAGAGGUCGGAAAACUGAAACGGAGAAAGUCACAGAUAUCUCGACGAAAUCCAGCCCAAAAAAAACGAGAGGUCGGAAAACUGUAGCAGAAAUAGCGAUAGAAAUUCCGCCUAGAAGGACGCGCGCUAAACCCCAAACUUUAGAAUCUUCACCUAUAUCUAGUGGGAAACCUAAAACGACACAAAAGUCUCAGAAAACUACAGCUAUUGAAAUAGAAAAUGUUGCUGGGGCUAAACGAAGAAAACUAGAAUCUCCUAAAGCGAACAAAAGUAAACCCAAACCUGAACCUAAAAUCGACGCUAUAACAACUAAACGUGGACGGGGUCGAGUGUUGGCAGUGAAACAAAAUAGUGAUAUCCCAUCUCUUGAUCUUAAAUCGGAAAUAGAGCCAAGGAAAACUAGAAAAAAUCUACGAACGCAAGAAAGCACUCAGUCGGAACCUACAGUAAGGAGGGCAAGAAAGGAACUGGUAAACGACGUCGUCGUACAGGUACCCAACACUAGGAAACGGAAAAUUACUGCAGAGGAUGUAGUUCCUUCUAAAGUAGCUAGAAACAAAAUGGAAUCCGAAAAAGCAAGUGUGAAAAAGCCUGUCAAAGCGAAAUCGUUGGAUAAUGAAAAACAAAAUAAUAUGCGGUCGAAGAAAACGGCCACUGUUGAAAGCGCUCCGACUGUUGUGGCUACAGAAGCUGCUCCUAAAACGAACACACGCAAUAGGAAAGUUGAAGCGUCACCCGUCAAAGAAUUGCAAAAAGUACGCGCUACACGUACCCGCGCCGCCGCUGCUAUUGAAGUUGCGGAUUAUCUUGGGUUUAUGCAGCCCAGUAUCACUGCGACCAUUGCUGAUCUAUUGUGA